AUCAGGCCGCUGAUAAACUGGUCAACAUGCUUUCCGACCCCAGAUCCCAUCCUUCACCUUUCCUCCUCCAAGCCAGACAGCAUGUCUCUCAGUUAUGUUGUCUCAGAACAGCCCCAGCUUGAAGCAGGGGCGUCCCCUGAAAGUGAUGACACCUUCAGCCCUCUUGAACGGCUCCCAUACGAACUGCAAGAUAUCAUUAUCGGCUUCCUCGAAGUACCCGCGAUCAUCCGCAUGCGAUGCGCAUCCAAAUUCUGGCGGUCCCGGAUCGAUGUCAGCGAAAGCAGGCCGCACAUCAUCUGCCAGGAGCGUCGGUCUCUUGUUUGUCUCUACUACGAUAUCAUUUCCAAGCCAUGGUUUCAGGCGUCGAGGGAAAACAUCAUUCCACGGUUAGGUCCUUCAGAAGCGGAAGCGAGGCGUCAGCUCCUCGAUCGGAUAUCCACGGAGCACGUGUCGGAGUUUGAAGUUUGGCUGCGAGAAUGGCCUGCCAAAGCAGUCAUCGGUCGAAUUUGGCCUUGGAUUUCGCAGGACAAGGACUCUUCCAAUAAAGACUGGUGGUGGACAGUGGGCGACAACUUCUCUUUAGGAUGGCAUAUGCCGUUGCCUAUACAUGAUCAGCGACGUGAUCCUUGUUACAUCAUGGUCGACUCUCGAAGUAAUUUGGACUCACGAUGUCACACCGACCAAGGCCAACUAAGAACAGAAGGAUGGGGUUCUCCCAAGCUUGACGAUCCGGAGCUUAGACAAACGCACUUCAGCCCAGAAACUCUUACCAUAUAUCAACGACAAGACUCAAACGGAUAUUACUCUGAUACACUCAUACUGAGCGGCGGUGGUCCUUUCAACGGUACAAUCCACCAGGGUGUGAGCAAGGGGAAGAUCUUCUUAGGAGCCAACGAUGAGCAAUCUGACAGGAGCAGAUGCUCUAGCAGUUGGGUGGAUUACCUCAGAGAAAAAUGCACGAAGAUCGAAAGCGAGUACAACAAGGUCCAACGAAUGAACGAAAUGAUGGCGAAGUGGAUGAAGAGCUCGCAGGCGGGCCAAACGUCUUGGGCACGGAGUUCUUGAGUAUAAUGAGAGUUUAAUGUUGUUUGUAAAGUUAGCUUCGUUCAGUUAAAUCGGAUACCCAUUUUUUCGCAAUGCAAUAGGUGGGUGGAUGGAAAUCCUCGGGCUCAUCUUUCUGCGCAAGCUGCAGCGGACCACUUCCGUCCGCAAUGUGGGUUGUAGCCUACUUCGUUCAACGAGCACAAUCGAAGCUGAAGCCUCGAGCCGUCGAGGCAUGAAUACCCCAGAAGUGUCUCCAGCGCAUCGAGAAAGUAAGGGGUAGGGAGGGCAGAUGGGUUUUAAGCUCCGAAGGCCAAGUUGCUGGGUUUGUGAGGUGCCGCGGAAGUUCUGGACCUGUGAUUGUGUUUCUGGUGUUGAG